UGCUGCCUGUGGGCAAGGUCUGGAGGAGGGGGGAGUUCAGGAAGGGUGGAGGAGGAAAGGGGAAAGAAUUCCUUGCCAAAGGCUGAGGAUUGCAGGGAAGUGGACCAAGCAAUAGCCUGGUGCAGCAGCCAUGAGCUGAGACAGCGAGCUCUCUGAGAGCUGUCUCCAUCAGCACUUUGGUGGAGUUGGGUUUUGCACAAUGGAGUGGAAAUGGUGCAUGUGGAUGCACUACUGUGUAAGCUUGGCUGUGUGGUCCUAUUUGCUACCUCGGGGAUGGACUUGUAUCUCUGAAGGCUAGUGUCUUCUUCACUUAGCAUGCAGAAUUUGAGUCCUAGUGGAUGAACAUCAAUACAGUUCUUCCACUGGGGGUGAUGAAGGCAGCACUUGCCAGGUCCAUCACAUCAGAGGGUGCUAUGUUGCACUGCAGCAUGAAAGUCAGUGUACUUCUACACCAGCUAGGGACCCAUCGCAGGCACAUUCAAGAAAGAACUGAAGGAAAACAGAUCUUCAGAGCUGGGCUCCUGGGUUGCCUGCUGCAGUGGUUUUGCUGCACCAAUGUCCCAGCAAAGCUGUGGUUGUACCAUCGGAGACCUCAUAUCUGGCAUUUUUUAUGAGGAGGAGGGAAAAUCCAUCAGGCAUGCCUGAAACAGGUGGUGGGGCAAUCCCAGGCAUGCUGCUAAGCAGCAGGUCCGGGUUAAACACUGCUCCUUUGGUGCGUGAAACCCUUGUUAAUAUUAACGAGAUUGUGUAACACAGCCUGCGGUUAGGGGAUCGUUAGGGGAUCGUUGGAGGAUUGUAAAGCGUUCCAGGAACAGGGAAACACUUGGGGUGGGGGCAUUGUGGUCACUGCUGUUGCCUGGUCCCUUUUCUGCGUUUCCAGUGGUGCAGAAACUUGGUCUGGUUUAGCUGAGGUUACUUCAUGCAACAGAGCCUCACCUGCAAGAGAUGUGUGCUGCUCCCCUGCAGAUCUACGCAAUUUGCAGCUAUGAGUCAGGGCUAUAUUUAGACCUAUAUAUACAUGUAUACGUACCUACCUACUCAGGUAUAUACACCUUGUCUGAUGCAAGGAAUUGGGUUGACACUGCAGUGCUGCUAAUGGUAUAGAUAUCACAGCACUGUUAGUGCUCUCCACUGGCUGCACAAGCACGGAAAGGAAGGGGCUUUGCUCACCCAGUGUUUGUAGGUGCAUGUCAAAGAAGGUGAUAAAUGAGCAGAGCCUGUGUUUAGCUUCAUGUCAGGCAUUGGAAGGCUUUCGAACUGGGAGGCAGUGGCGUGAAAGGACUUGGUGUCAGCAGGGCAGGAGGAGACCCCUCCUCAGGGAACAGGAGGGGACUUUUCAAGCCCAUUGAUGGCCCUGCAUAUGCUGAGCAGAAUGGAGAGCAGAUGGCAUUGUGAGGAUGCGGGAAGCAGAAGCCCUUUUCAGCCAUGGCAAUGCUGGCAGCACUCCCAGCACUCACCAUUCCGCCUGACACCUUCCGCUUCCAGCCACGGCAUGUCAGCGUGGAUUGGCAUCGCCUCGGUGCCGUGGAUGUGGAGCAAGUAGCACAGGAGGGGGACGUGGCUGCGCUGCAGGAACACAUCACCGACAUCACCUUCUGUAACCUGGCUGGGGAGAAAUGUCCUCACUGCAGGCAGCCGGCUGACCCCAUGCUGCUGAAGGUGCUGAGGCUGGCCCAGCUGAGCAUCGAGUACCUGCUGCACUGCCAGCAGCGCCUGGCUGACAGCCUGACUGUACAUGCCCAGCAGCUGCAGGACGCCCAUGCCCAGCUGGCCCGUGCCCAGGGCCUGGCAUCAGAACAGACAGUGAGGCUCCGGGGUGAGAAGGAGGAGAGCAGGAGGUGGAAGAAGCUGGUGGCCACCCAGCUCCUCCUGCAAGCCAGCCCCAGUGACUACUGCAAGGUGUGUGGAGGAAGGGUUGAGAGGGCUGGCUUGGGAGAUCCCAGAGAUUCAUGUGUCCUGAGAGAUGCCUGUGCCAGGGCAACUUGGGACAUCCUGUGGCCAAGUGACAGACUUCUGGUGGCUAUUGGUUUUGGUGCCCAUUUGGGUUUUUAUCCUCCCACUGAAGUUUUCACACCUUUUCAGCAGAAACCUGCUGGUCGUGCCUCCUUAUCCACUUCUUCUCCAUUGCCAAAUGAACCUGCUCAUUUGCUCCCAGAGAGUAAAUCCCACCCAAACUUGGUGGCCCAGGUUCACACAACCUGCAAGAACCUGAGGCUGGAACAGAGCCUGCUACAGUGCCACCUCUGUGACAAAGCCUUCAUGAGCAAUGCCCUCCUGCAAGCCCACAUGCAGCGCUGGCACCCAGAGGAGGGUGAGCACUGGAGAGGUUCCCAACAACUUAGUAUUUCUAAGUGGAUGCUCGGUGCUUUUCAGGGUGCUGCUGGAGCAGGCAGAUCACACCCUCGCUCACGGUGUCUCUGCUCCCCAAGCUUUGCAGAGACCAAGAAGGUGGAGCAGAUGGAGGAGGAGGUUGAGGAGUUGAAGGCAAAACUGCGCAAGAUGCAGCAGCAGCUGUCAGCAGGGAGGGAGGCAGAGAAGCUGCACAGGGAGCAGGAGGAGGAGAGAGCUCUUCAGCGGGAAGUGGAGGGCAGAAGAGAUUUUGAAAGGUGGAAGGAGGAGGAGAGGAUGAAGCUGCACGUGGAGAUGGAUGGCCUGAAGCAGCGCUUCCUCACCGAACUGCAAGAUGCUGCCAGAAGGAGCAGUGCUAUGGAAGGGAAGCUGCAGGAGCUGCAGGCCAAAGCAGCAAUGAUGUCUUGCCUGGGGAACCUGCAGGAUGAUGACUCUGAGCUGAAAAGGACAGCAGUGCGGACCAAGCUGCUGUCUGCAAAUAAGCCUGAAGUGACGCAGCAUGUGACCAAAGUGGUGGUUUCUGAAGAGUCCUCAGAAGGAGACACAAUGGAUGAUGCCCAGGGUGGGAAGAGGCAGCUGCUGGAAGCCCUGUGGAGAAAACCAAACCUCCUGAAGAAGUUUCGGCGCAUCCUGGAAGAAGCAAUGGAGGAAAAGCUGGAGAGCAUGGGGGUCAGCAGGGUUGCAAAGGGGAUCUCCAACCAGACCUACCAACACCUCUGGGCUGUGCUCAGGCUUCAGCAGCACCAGAAGGCUAAGAACACUCCUGGUCUGUUCCACAUAAGGGAUGAGCUGAUCCAAGUGAUGAUGAGGAGAGUCAGGCAAUGCAAGAAGCCCAGCAUUCCUUUGCCUCGACAGAUUUCCAUAAUCCCAGGGACAGCUGUGUCCAUGAAAGGGAAGCCCUUGGAGAGACAUCUGGAUGUGACCACACGGAGACCAGCUGGUGGGAUGAAGUCCCAGCCCUGAGCUCAAUGUCCCCCAAAGCCAGACAGCCUACCAAUAAGCUCCAGGUGCCAGCAGUGACCCAGAGACCUGCCUGGGGGACCUGGCCACCAGUCCCAGUGGCUGGUGACAACAAGGGACCAACCACCUUGGUUCACCAUUCAGCCAGGCGCUGUGCAAAGGGACACUCGGUGCUAAUGAGGAAAUGGGAGUCCUCUGCCAGCAGCCACUGGAUGGUGCCACAAGACCAGGAACGAGCUGCAACAGCAUUCUACAGCUCCAGGCGCCUCCAGAACCUCAGCUGCAAUUCCUCUUCUUGAAACAGUGGGAACCCCAACCCAGUGGAUGACAAUUUGCGCAUACGCAACACCGAGCAAGGCUGGUUCUGCUAGUAAUGCCCAUCAGGAGAAAUGAAGUGAGUUUUCCAAAUUUUGUACCUUUCUAGCAGUGUGUGAGAUGACUGACUUUCACUUUUUUGAAAAAUACACCUUCUCAGCUGCUUCUCUGCUUUCCAGCUCAAACAUAUAUAAUUUCCGAUUGCUAGCUGCAAACAUUUGCAGGUUCAUUUAAAUGCCAGGGAUAAGGAAGCCCAGCAAGGCUGAGCAGAAGAGAGUGAAUUCCUUUAAGUUCCAUCAAAUGGCAGAAGUGCCUUCCAGAUAACAGUCUGCACCAACAUGUGAAAACACUGCACACAUUUUGUAAGUUCACAUGUCCCCAGGGAUGUAUGCACUCAGCUGCAUGCCCUAUCCAUUCCGAUACAGAGUUGGUCUGUAGCUGCAUACCUUUAGAAGGAAAUGUUUCCAUUUUAAUCUUUCAAGUUGAAAUAAAAGCUGUACCUGGUCUGUAUUAUUUGUUACAAUGCUAUUUCUGGACGUGUUAUUUCAUGGGUCAUUUAACAAAUGGUAUUCUUUUCAGUGAGCAUUGAUUGUAGUGAACACUGCUUUUAAUAAAUUAAAUCAAGAUGG